CUCAAGUAUCGUUUACUACAUCGGCUUGUUGCCACGCCUAAUACUUCUCUUCUGCAACUUCAGCUCUCCACCUUUCCAUCAAAUAACUCUCUAGAUUUCGCAUACGCUGACGUACCGUCCAAGUGCCCCAUCAUGAAUCCCGAAUACGAUUAUCUCUUCAAGCUGCUCCUCAUCGGAGACUCUGGUGUUGGAAAGUCGUGCUUGCUCCUCCGUUUUGCCGAUGAUACCUACACGGAGAGCUACAUCUCCACCAUCGGAGUUGACUUCAAAAUUCGUACCAUCGAGCUGGAUGGAAAGACGGUGAAACUCCAGAUCUGGGAUACUGCGGGCCAGGAACGUUUCCGGACAAUCACUUCUUCUUACUACCGUGGUGCUCAUGGAAUCUGUGUCGUCUACGAUGUUACCGACAUGGACUCUUUCAACAAUGUGAAGCAGUGGCUUCAAGAGAUUGAUCGCUACGCCACUGAAGGCGUCAACAAGCUCCUUGUCGGAAACAAGAGCGAUAUGGAAGACAAGAAGGUCGUUGAAUACACAGUGGCUAAGGAAUUCGCCGACAGCCUUGGAAUCCCGUUCUUGGAGACCUCGGCAAAGAACGCUUCGAAUGUAGAGCAGGCUUUCUUGACAAUGGCGAGACAGAUCAAGGAACGCAUGGGCACCGCGACUGUUAACAACAAGCCAACUGUGCAGGUUGGCCAAGGCCAGGGCGUUCAAUCCGGCUCCGCGGGCGGCUGCUGCUAGACUAUUGAUGAUCCUGAUCCCGCGUUGCAUUACGCCAUCUCGAGACGGGGUGAAAAUUUGGUGAUUAAAGAAGAGGAGCCACGAGGGAGGCUACCUACUGCACCCUGCUGCCGGGCAGUCUUCCUCGAAUGCUAGCAUUAUCUUAAAUGUUCUAUGCUAGCAAUGGUCACCGGGAGUAGUUUUCUUCUUCAUGCUUUAGAAGGCUUUCGUUUCGUCUUUAUACAUGGUGCACUAUGGAUAAUUUUCUGUGUCCUCAGGUUUUCCCUUUUCACCUCUCGGUCAUCUAUCUUCCCCUUCCCUAUCUUUCCCGUCGCUAUUGUCUUGCUCGUGGCCUUUCUCUAACUCGAAGCAUUUUCUAUCUGAUCCGUUGAGUUUUUCUUAGUUAGUUGGAUCCGUUGCGUGAUUAUGUCUGGGUCAAUUAAUGCAGAAGUUAAUGAUACUUAAGUGAAUAUGGUUUGUGGCUAAUCAAAAUCAGAACAUACUCGCUUUUCCGC